AUGGGACAUAAACAAUCUACUGCAUCAAACUUGACCUUUGAUGAUUUCGCAUUUGGUACGGCUCCAAAUGCUGUACAAAUUGAGGAUGUUAUUGAAGCAACACAGCAAAUACCUGGAAAACUUUUUGGUGCCAAAAUGAUUGAAAAUGACCCAUCAAUGCAUAAAAUGCAGCAAGAUCUUUUAUCAUUUGAUGAUACACUUCGACGAAUUUUUCGACGAAAAAAACAUAAACGUUCAAAAAAAGAAGACACUUCAAAUGAGUCUUAUCAAGACGAACAAUAUUAUGAGUAUGAUCAAGGAUAUUAUGAUCAAGAUGGACAAUAUUAUACUGAUAGUCAAGAAUAUUUUGAUCAAAAACAAGAACCAAUACCUGAAGAAGAUGAAGAUCAUCUUUCAUCUAAUUAUGCCGGUNACAUCUUUCUAUUCCAAUCACCAACUGUUACAUUAAACACAUGGACUAAUCGAAAUCAUAUUUCAACACGUUAUGUUUUACUCAAUGAACAAUUUCAAUCAACAUCAUCAAAGUAUCCUCGUAUCCUUUUUUAUUAUCGUCUUUAUCUCGGUCAUGAUUUAUAUUUUGAUGGACAUGCUUAUACACAUCAACAAGCUCGUACUAAUUGUGCACUUAAUGCUUUAUAUUUCUUACGUCAACAUCAAAUACCAUCAUCUAUAUCUAAAAAAAAUCAUCAAACAAAAUCUGAUAUAUCACUUAUGUAUGAACAUGCUAAACAACUUGGUCUUUCUGUUCAGAUGAAAUUUGAUGAUCCAUUUACUGUUACAUAUCACAUUGGUGAAAAUUAUUCAACAACUGGUACAGGUUAUAAUAAACAAUCAGCUAAACAAUUAGCUGCAAAAAAAAUGUUAGAGAUUUUACCAUUAAAUAAUAUUCAACAAAAUCUUAAUCCGAUUACACGUAUUUAUCAAUUAGCUCAACAACGACAAGUUAAAAUUGAAUUUGUACAAUUAUUUAAUAAAGAAAAUUUUACUUUUCAAAUCAAAUUUGGUAAUAAUGACAUAGCUGAAGGUUAUGGUAAAACAAAACAAAUGGCUAAGAAUUCUGCUGCUGAAGCUUUACUUGAGAAAUUAGAUCCAGUUGUUAUUUUACCACCACCACCAAUUAAAGGUUUACUUAAACGCGAUGGAAAUAUGGAUAAUAUAAAUAAACACGAAAAAAAACAUGUACAUUUUGUUGAAGAAAUUAUUGAGAAAGAUGAACAAACAUCGUCUUGUCAAUCAACACCAACAAUUUCAAAUUCAUAUAAACAAAAAUUAAUUGAAGCUUGUCAAAAAUUAAAUAUUCAUGUUGAAUAUUUCGAUAAAAUGAACGAAAAUGAGAAUACCGGUAGUUCACGAUAUCAAUCAAUAGUUAGUUUAUCAAUUGAUGAUCGUCUUCUUGGACAAUUUCGUGGUCAUGGUCCAUCAUUAAUACGUGCACAAGAAAAUGCUUCAUCAGCUAUUUGGAAUAAUUUAAAACAAUUAUUUAAUGGAUCUGUUCAGAUACCAAAAUCGAUAAGAAGCGAGAAAAACUAUCGACAAAUUUUCAUUCAAGAAUAA